AUGAAUAAGAAAAAGUGUAUGUUUGCCAAGCCGGAAGUGGACUAUGUAGGUCACAAACUGACUGGAGACGGAAUUAAACCGACAGAUCAAAGAGUGAAGGCGAUAGCAGACAUGAGAGAGCCAGAAAGCUUCAGUGAGCUGGAAACUGUGUUAGGCAUGUUAUCGUAUGUGUCUAAGUUCAUCCCAAAUCUCAGUGAGUUGAAUGCACCACUGCGCGAUAUGAAAAGGCUAGAAACGUGGAGCUGGGGUGACGAAGCGAAACGCGCGUUCAAUAAAAUAAAAGAAGCUAAUGUUUCAACAAAAGUACUUCAGUACUACGACUUGAAAAAACCUGUCACACUCACAGUAGACGCCGCAUGA